AUGAUCAGCGAGAGCAAUCCGCAACAGAAAGAACACCUGGUGCGCUGUGGCAUCAUCAACCACAUCCUUGAUCUGAUCACGGAUUUUCAUCACGGCUCCGAUCUGCCACCCAGCAAAGCGUUCUUGUCGCACAUUAAACUGCAGCCGGUGACGCGCGGCACCGGAUACGGGUCCGGCUCGACUCGCAGUCAAUGGGACAUCGAACGGUACGUCGAAGGGAUCAUGCUCCGAGAGGAGCAGACUAUUUGGCUGUUAAACGCUUUUAACUCGUUUCUCUAUUGCGAUGCGCACGACAACCAUUUGACCUCUGACCUGGUCGCUCUCAUAACUUCAUCAUCACUCGUACCGAUGAUUCGGUGUCAUCUGAAAAACGAGUCGAUAUUUGAUGUAUCUGAGCACUUGGAGUUUUAUCGAAGCCUGCUUGAGACGGUCUGCUGCAUGGCAAUGUACCGCUCGUUGGCUGACCUCAUAUACCUGCCGUCGAUGGACGGCCCGUCCAUAGCGCUUUGUCUGCUUCCGCGGUUCCGGUCGCUGAUCGUCACCUACCUGAACUUCUUGCACAACCGCUUCUGCUCGUCUGACCUGCGACUGGUCGACUUCCUGCAUAAGGUGGACACCUGCUGUAAUCUGCUGUACAAAAUAGACUGCCGCGCGCGCGCCGCCCACAGAAAGCUAGACUAUACACCAGUCAUGGCUUCCGCUCACCAGUCACAAAAAACUCUCGACUUGUCAUCACCUAACCCCGUCGAAACUCUGGACUAUGUUACGACAUUAAAAAGCUUUCAGAUCACCUCAUGGAAAUUCGUCGCUAAUUCGGGAAAUUUCAUCUAUCCAUACACCUUUCGCAAAGAAGCCAAAACCUUGAACUUAUUCAGCCCCACUUUGAAGGUAAGAAUCGAUUUAAAUAAGGCGUUUAAUAGGGCUUACGUCAUUUAUGAGGAGGUGACGUCUUUCAUUGACUGA